UAAGGCGAAAAUGUAAUCCUUGACCCGGAAGUGUACUAUAACAAUAUUUACGUCCUGCAGCGAAGUUUGAACCUUAAUUGGUUGAAUAUCUAUUUUAAACAAAGUAUACAUCAAGACUCACUAUAAUCCAAGUAUCCGGACGGUGACAUAUAUGGUAAACGACCCAUACACCAACGAAACUGGCACCACCACUACCCGUCACCAUGCCCGCUUUGCUGGAGAGACCGAAGCUGUCCAACGCGAUGGCCCGAGCCCUUCAUAAACACAUCAUGAGGGAAAGGGAGCGUAAGAGACAAGAGGAAGAGGAGGUGGACAAAAUGAUGGAGCAGAAGAUGAAGGAGGAGGAGGAGAGGAAACGAACGAAAGAAAUAGAAGAGAGGAUGUCACUGGAGGAAACCAAAGAGCAGGUGAUGAAGAUGGGCGAGAAGCUGCAGGGCCUUCAGGAGGAGAAGCACCAGCUCUUCCUGCAGCUGAAGAAGGUGCUCCACGAGGAGGAGAAGCGACGCAGGAAGGAGCAGAGGUAUGACAUCACAACACUGACCUCCGCCAGCUACCAGCCCAGUCUGCCCAUGCACUCAGGGCAGCACCUCCUCAGCAUUCAAGGCAGUCCAGUCAGCCAUAAUAGACCCGGGGCCUUGCUGGGCGAACGCAGUAAACAGCUCUUCCCAACACCUGUGAUCCCUGGACGCCACUACCAGAGCCAGCCUGGGUUCAGCGCCGGCCCGGCAGAACACGGCCAGUUCAGCGGGAGCCAGGGGGUGCACGAGCCGUACAGCGUGUCCCAGUCCCAGCACCCCUCCAGCUACGCCCCCGGGCCCUCCUCCGUCCCCGUCAGCUUCGCCGGCAGCUCCACCAUCAGAGGUGCGUCUGCGUUCCAGGCCAUGCAGUACCUACCCCACCAGCAGCCCAGCUACCCGGUCCACAGCCAUUUCACCUCCCAGCCCGGCUUCAUACCUGGAGCUGGUAUAUCCCUACAGAAGCAGCUCGAACACGCCAACCAACAGUCAGGAUUCACUGAUGCCGGAGCCCUGAGGCCCAUGCACCCCCAGGCCCUCCACGCCACCGCCUCCGGCCUGCUGCCUACACCGUCGAUGGCGGUCCAAAUCCCAAGCGCCAAGGCGCCAUUCCAGGGCUCUCCCCAGGCCGCUCCUCGCCACGCCUUCCUCUCCCACCCCCAGGGAACACAGAGGUUCUAUCACCACGGCAAGUAGUCCACCCCCUCCGGAGAUCCAGACGCCGGCCCGAUGAGCUAAAAACGGACACGUCUGAGGGGGGGGCUCAUGUCCCCCACGGAUGAGUUUAGUCCGUCAGCAAACAAUGCUCGUUUCUCCUUUUUAAUAUCUUCUCAUCAAGAGUCAGUUGUCACCUUUACUCGUUUUUAUUUUGUUGAAAAUGUCCCUUAGCCGUUUCCCCGUUUACUGUUAGAGACGUGGCUUUUGUAUUUGAGCGAUAUUUCGUGCUAAACGCCAACGAGACGACGUUGUAUCUCUUGCCCCCCGCUUUGAAAUAAAAGAACCAAACCACAGUAA